GCAACCCUUAUCCCAUCACAGGUAGCAGGGUUCUGGCUGAGGUCAAGUUCUGCUCCUUGGCUCUUCUCUUCUGCCUUUUAAAGCCUCUUGGCUCCUACGUUUCUGCGAAUCCGUGCCCAUAUCUGUACCAAUCGAGCCAGGGAGAAACUCCGCAUGCCUAGGCUUGGUGGCUGUGUGACAUGUAUUAUUACUAAGUGCUAUGCUGAAAGUAGCUGCUGUGCUGUAGCCUCGUCUGUGCCAAUGCACUUAUUUCCCUCCCAUCACUCGGGCACUUUUCUCUCUCUCUUUCAUCUCCCUCUACACCACCAGCCCGGGAAUGUUUUGCCAGCAGCCAAGCAGCAUAUACAGUCAGGAAAGGAAAAUCAUUUCUAUAUCCAUAUAUAUGGUUUUGUUGUGGCUAUCUAAACACUAAGUGAAGCUGACACAGACGCGCACACACACACACGCAUAUACACAGAUACGCGCACACACACUAUCUCAGUAUCCUCAUCAUCCGCCUCCCAAACCCAAGCAUUUGCACAUAUCCCCGCCACUAUCACACAAGGAUUUGUUUGGAGCCGCUGCCCGACCAUCACUACUUCAGUGGGAGGGAAAGGCGAAAAUAAUAACCAAAUCAGCAGCAGCAGCAGCAGUCGCCUUCCCUCUUCUCAUCACCGAGCGAUCGCUCUCCGCUGCCUUGUGAUGUUGCUACUGCCGGACGCAGCAAUCUCAGUCUCAUCCCCGUCUCACUUUCCAUGAAAGCUGGAAACGUUUCGGAGCGUUGGGCAUUUAUUCCUUUUAUCGUGGCUUAGCUGGGAUUUCCAGGAUCUAUAGAUGAUGAUAUCUAUGGAGAUAUUGUUUUUUUAUCCAGCCCUGAUCAGUGCAACAUGGGAAUGAGUGACUGGAAGGAGAGGGAGGAUUUCCUUCGUUGUUUUUGGGACGUGUGUCUGUGUUAGUGCCCUAGGAAGAGGUAGCCACGAAUCUGGAUUGGAAGGCCAAAUGACAUAGGAUGAAGGCUGUUCGUAAUUUGUUGAUUUAUAUAUUUUCCACCUAUCUGCUGGUUAUGUUUGGAUUUAAUUCUGCACAAGACUUCUGGUGCUCAGCCUUGGUGAAAGGGGUGAUUUAUGGAUCAUAUUCAAUAAGUGAGAUGUUUCCCAAAAACUUUACCAAUUGCACCUGGACGUUGGAAAACCCUGAUCCCACCAAAUACAGCAUCUACCUGAAAUUUUCCAAAAAGGACUUCAGCUGCUCCAACUUUUCCCUUCUGGCUUAUCAGUUUGACCAUUUCUCCUAUGAGAAAAUCCAGGAUCUUUUGAGAAACAACAAUUCCAUAAUGCAGCUGUGUGAUACAAAGAAUGCCUUUGUGUUUCUGCACUAUGAUAAAAAUUUUAUCCAGCUUCGUCGGAUAUACCCGGUUGAUUUCACUGGAUUACACAAAAGAGAGGAGGAUGACAGCAAAUCCUUUUUGGAAUUUUUGGUGUUAAAUAAGGUGAGCCCUAGCCAAUUUGGAUGCCAUGUCCUGUGCACUUGGUUAGAGAACUGCCUGAAAUUGGAAAAUGGUAAAACGGAGCUUUGUGGGAUUAUGUAUACAAAAUGCACCUGUCCCCAACAUUUAGGGGAAUGGGGAAUAGACGAUCAAUCAUUGGCGUCCUUAAACAAUGUCAUCUUACCCUUGAAUGAGCAGACUGAGGGUUGCCUGACUCAGGAACUGCAAACGACCCAGCUCUGCAACCUGUCAAAGGAAGCAAAGCGUCCACCCAAAGAAGAAUUUGGAAUGAUGGGAGAUCAUACUAUUAAAAGUCAGCGACCAAGAUCUGUUCAUGAGAAAAAGAUCCCCCAGGAACAAGCUGAUGCUGCUAAAUUUAUGGCACAAACUGGUGAAUCUGGUGUUGAAGAGUGGUCCCAGUGGAGUACAUGUUCAGUUACUUGUGGUCAAGGGUCGCAGGUGCGAACCAGAACUUGUGUACCACCUUACGGGACACACUGCAGCAGCCCCUUAAGAGAAACAAGGGUUUGCAAUAACACUGCCCUCUGUCCAGUCCAUGGAGUGUGGGAGGAGUGGUCACCUUGGAGUUUAUGCUCCUUUACAUGUGGAAGAGGCCAAAGAACUAGAACAAGGUCAUGUACUCCUCCUCAGUAUGGUGGAAGGCACUGUGAAGGCCUGGAAAUGCAACAUAAACCAUGCAAUAUUGCUCUCUGUCCUGUUGACGGGCUAUGGCAGGAAUGGAGCGCUUGGAGCCAGUGUUCGGUAACAUGUUCCAAUGGAACACAGAAACGGCAGAGGGAAUGUAGUCCAGCAUCCCACGGCGGCUCUGAUUGUAAGGGUCCCUAUAGUGAGACUAGAGAAUGUCACAACCAGGAAUGUACAGCUAAUGGUCAGUGGAAUCCUUGGGGACAUUGGAGUGGCUGUUCUAGGUCAUGUGAUGGAGGAUGGGAGAAAAGAACACGAAGUUGCCAAGGUGCCUCAAUCACUGGUCACCAAUGUGAAGGAUCUGGGGAAGAGGUUAGAAGAUGCAAUGAGCAAAGAUGUCCGGCUCCUUAUGAAAUCUGCCCUGAGGAUUAUUUGAUGUCUAUGGUAUGGAAAAGAACCCCAGCUGGAGAUCUGGCAUUCAAUCGAUGUCCUCUCAACGCCACGGGCACCACUAGUAGACGCUGUUCACUCAAUCUUCAUGGAGUAGCCUUCUGGGAACAGCCAAGCUUUGCAAGAUGCAUAUCAGCUGAAUACAGACACUUGCAGCUUUCAAUUAAAGAGCAUCUUGCUAAGGGUCAACGCAUGUUAGCAGCAGAAGGGAUGUCUCAGGUGACCAAAACGCUACUGGAUUUAACUCAGAGGAAGCAUUUUUAUGCAGGGGAUCUUCUGAUCUCAGUGGAAAUCCUUAGAAAUGUCACAGACACUUUCAAAAGAGCAAGCUAUAUCCCUGCCUCUGAUGGAGUACAGAACUUCUUUCAAAUAGUUAGCAAUCUCCUUGAUGAAGAAAACAAAGAAAAAUGGGAAGAUGCACAACAGAUUUACCCAGGUUCUGUGGAGUUGAUGCAGGUGAUUGAAGAUUUUAUACACAUUGUUGGCAUGGGCAUGAUGGAUUUCCAAAAUUCAUACCUCACAACGGGAAAUGUAGUGGCUAGCAUCCAGAAGCUUCCUGCUUCAUCGGUACUAACAGAUAUCAGUUUUCCUAUGAGAGGCAGAAAAGGAAUGGUGGACUGGGCACGGAAUUCUGAAGACAAGGUGGUCAUACCAAAAAGUAUCUUCACUCCUAUACCAUCAGAUCUUGAUGAAUCCACAGUGUAUGUACUUGGAGCAGUGUUCUAUAAAACCUUAGGAAUAUUGUUGCCUACUUUGAGAAACUUUACUGUUGUGAAUUCAAAGAUCAUUGUGGUUACUAUACAUCCAGAGCCAAAAAGUACAGAUUCGUUGGUAGAGAUUGAACUUGCACAUUUGAACAAUGGUACUCUAAAGCCAUACUGUGUUCUUUGGGAUGAAGCAAAAUCGAACGACUCCUUCGGAACCUGGUCCACCCAGGGAUGUAAAACAGUGUUUACCGAUGCAUCCCAUACGAAAUGCUUAUGUGAUCGUCUCUCUACCUUCGCCAUUUUGGCUCAGCAACCUAGAGAAAUAAUCAUGGAAUCUUCAGGUACUCCUUCAGUAACUCUGAUAAUCGGCUGUGGUUUAUCAUGCUUGGCCUUGAUCACCCUUGCAGUUGUUUAUGCAGCGCUAUGGAGAUACAUCAAGUCUGAGAGGUCUAUUAUCCUUAUAAACUUCUGUUUGUCCAUCAUCUCAUCCAAUAUACUCAUUCUAGUGGGCCAAACACAGAUACAUAACAAGGGUAUUUGCACCAUGACAACCGCAUUUCUGCACUUUUUCUUCCUGGCUUCCUUCUGUUGGGUGCUGACAGAAGCCUGGCAGUCGUAUAUGGCAGUUACAGGAAAAAUCAGAACAAGAGUCAUAAGAAAGCGCUUCCUUUGCCUUGGUUGGGGUCUACCAGCAUUAGUAGUGGCUAUAUCGAUGGGAUUCACCAAAGCAAAGGGAUAUGGGACUCCUCACUAUUGCUGGCUGUCGCUUGAAGGAGGGCUGCUGUAUGCUUUUGUUGGACCUGCAGCUGCUGUCGUUUUGGUCAACAUGGUAAUUGGAAUUUUAGUCUUUAAUAAACUUGUUUCCAGAGAUGGUAUCCUAGAUAAAAAACUCAAACACAGAGCAGGUCAGAUGAGUGAGCCUCAUAGCGGUUUGACGCUCAAAUGUGCCAAGUGUGGAGUAGUUUCAACAACAGCUUUGUCAGCCACCACCGCCAGUAAUGCCAUGGCAUCUCUGUGGAGUUCAUGUGUUGUCUUACCACUGCUGGCACUGACGUGGAUGUCUGCUGUCCUUGCAAUGACAGAUAAAAGAUCAAUACUGUUUCAGAUACUAUUUGCAGUAUUUGAUUCCUUGCAAGGUUUUGUCAUUGUAAUGGUCCACUGCAUACUGCGAAGAGAGGUCCAGGAUGCUUUUAGAUGUCGACUGAGAAAUUGCCAAGAUCCAAUAAAUGCAGAUUCCUCCAGUUCUUUUCCAAAUGGACAUGCACAAAUCAUGACAGACUUUGAAAAAGAUGUGGACAUUGCUUGUCGGUCAGUUUUGCACAAGGACAUUGGCCCCUGCAGAGCUGCCACAAUAACAGGGACGCUUUCCAGGAUUUCGCUAAAUGAUGAAGAAGAUGAAAAAGUAGUAAAGCCAGAGGGUAUGAGCUACUCAACAUUACCAGGAAACAUCAUUUCUAAAGUGAUUAUCCAACAACCUUCUGGUUUGCAUAUGCCCAUGAGUAUGGGGGACAUUACUGAUCAGUGUCUGAAAAAAGAAAACAGUGAUUUACGACGAACUGUGUACUUAUGCACAGAUGACACUCUUAGGGCUGGGGAUACAGAUAUGGGUCAUUCCCAGGAUCGAAUGAUGGAGAGUGACUAUAUUGUUAUGCCAAGAGGUACUGGCAACAUGCAAAUGAAAGAUGAAAAUAAAAUGAACAUUGCUAUGGAUACUUUGCCUCAUGAGAGACUAUUACAUUACAAAGUCAGUCCUGAAUUCAGCAUGAAUCCUGCUGUAAUGGAACAAUUUGGUAUAAAUUUAGAUCAGCAUCUCGUGUCUCAAGAACACAUGCAGAGCCUUUCUUUUGAACCUCGCACAGCAGUAAAGAACUUCAUAGCUUCUGAGCUGGAUGACAGCGCAGGACUAUCAAGAAGUGAAACAGGUUCAACUAUAUCAAUGAGCUCAUUAGAGAGAAGAAAAUCAAGAUAUUCUGACCUUGACUUUGAAAAGGUCAUGCAUACUAGAAAGAGGCAUAUGGAGUUAUUUCAAGAAUUAAAUCAGAAAUUUCAGACUUUGGACAGAUUUCGGGAUAUACCAAAUACUGGAAGUUUGGACAACCCUUCAGUAAACAAGAACCCUUGGGACAGUUUCAAAAAUACUGAAUAUCAACAUUACACAACAAUAAAUGUUUUAGAUUCAGAAGCAAAAGAUACUUUAGAACUUAGACCCUCUGAAUGGGAAAAGUGUCUGAAUUUGCCUUUAGAUGUUCAAGAAGGCGAUUUUCAAACAGAAGUUUAAUAUAACCAACAAACUGAACAAAAAAAAAAGACAGCAAGUCAUUGCACUGACAAAUGUGAGAGACGUUGGAAGCCUGACAUCUGGACUUUUGUGACUACUUCAUGUCAGGCUCUUCAUGUGCCAAAUGUCAGUGUUGAAUUUUUUCUGUUUUUUUUUUCCCUUUUUCUUUUUUUCUUUCUUUUUUUUUCCUUUUGUUUUCCUUGUCUUCUCUCACUAGAAAAUCUAGUGCAGAACCAGGUGUACAAAUCUUACCAUCCUGUGUUGUAAGUACCUGUGGAAUGGAUUUGUAAGGUAAUCUUUAUAGAUCAACCUCAAACAACGAUUCAUGUUGUAACAGCUUCACUUGGUCUAGUUUUCAAAAAACUUCACCAUGAAGCACAAUGUAUAUAUGCAGUUUUUAAAGUUUAUAACAGUCCGUUCGGCCAUUACUACACUUUUUACUUUAUAAUAUAAAAAGAGCAAAAUUUUUUGUCAUUAAAUGAAUGUUUGUUGAGCUACGUUCUUCAUUGCUUUAAAUGCAAUAAAGUAAUAAUCUCACUUUUAUAUGAAUAAUAUAUUUCACAUCUUUAUUAUUGCAGUUUUCUCUGGAAAGCUCAAUGGUGGCUUUCCCUGCUGCAGCUCUGUAUAAAAUAUUUAAAAUGUUGUAUGGUGUAAAUAAACUUUUGUCUACA